AAACAACUCAGCGGUUCAUCUCCUUUCUUCUUUCACCUAAGCCACCCUCUCUCUUCGUCUGUGGACGAUCAAGCCAUCCACCAUGGCCACCCGAGCCAACCCUCACAUCUUGGUGUUCCCAUACCCUGCUCAAGGCCACAUGCUUGCCCUUCUGGACCUUACCCAUCAACUUGCUCUCCGAGGCUUAACCAUCACCAUCUUAGUCACCCCUAAAAACCUCUCUUUCCUCUCCCCUCUCCUCUCUUCUCACCCUUCUUCCAUCACCCCCCUCGUUCUCCCUUUCCCUUCUCACCCUCUCAUCCCACCAGGUGUCGAACAUGUUAAAGACCUCGGCAACACUGGAAACUUCCCCAUCAUGGCUGCUUUAGGCAAACUUCAUGAUCCUUUACUCAACUGGUUCUACUCUCACUCUAAUCCUCCUGUUGCUCUCAUCUCCGAUUUCUUCCUCGGUUGGACUCAGCACCUUGCAACUCGCUUACAGAUCCCCAGGAUUGCUUUCUUCUCUAUCUCUACUUUGCUGGUCUCCAUCUUUGAUUAUCUUUGGAACAAUGUUGAAAAAGUUAGGUCUUUGAGUGAAGUUGAGUUUGGUCAUCUCCCCCGGUCCCCCAUCUUCAAGCAGGAACAUUUGCCAUCAUUGUUUAAGCUGUAUAAACGAUCAGAUCCAGAUUCGGAGUUUGUGAAAGAUGGAUCUAUUGCAAAUACAAAGAGCUGGGGUUGUGUUUUGAAUUCCUUUGAUGCUUUGGAAGCUGAAAAUGUUCAAUGUUUGAAGACACAUAUAGGUCAUAAUCGUGUUUUCACCAUCGGACCAUUGAGUUUGACAGGCCUUGAAGUAUCAGGCCGGAGCAAUUCUGGUUCUGAACAAAAUGAUCAGGUCUUAACUUGGCUCGAUCGAUGCCCUGAUGGUUCGGUUCUUUAUGUUUGCUUUGGGAGUCAGAAGCUAUUGAGAAAGGAACAAAUGGAAGCCUUGGCUAACGGCCUUGAAAAGAGUGGAACCCGUUUUAUCUGGGUGGUGAAACCGGGUACAACCCGACAACAGGAAGAAGGGUAUGGAGUUGUACCAGAUGGAUUCGAGGAGCGAAUUGCAGGUCAGGGGUUGGUGAUAAAAGGGUGGGCACCCCAAGUAUUGAUACUGAACCACAAAGCAGUGGGUGGAUUCCUGAGUCAUUGUGGGUGGAACUCGGUUUCGGAAGCAAUAGUGGGUGGAGUCAUGAUAUUGGCUUGGCCUAUGGAAGCUGAUCAGUAUGUGAACACUAUACUCUUGGUGGAUGAUAUGGGUGUGGGUGUUAGGGUGUCUGCGGGUGCGGACUCAGUUCCCGACUCUGAAGAACUAGGCCACGCCAUAGCCGAGGCGAUGGCUGAGAAUGGAGGAAUGAAGGCGAAGGCGAAGGAUCUGAAAGAGAAGGCUCGGGAAGCAGUGAGUCAUGGGGGCCAGCUCCAUGAAAGAUUUGGAUAGACUUGUGGAAGAAUUGCGACAACUUGGGGGGUCAUAAAUACUGCAAGAAAAUCAGACAGGCAUGAAAUACAAUGUACUGUCUUCCCCUGUGCAAUUAUAUCAGAAGAGAUGCUCAAUUUUCAUGAUGCAUAUGAACCUGCAUGUCUAUAUAUCCAAUAGAUUACAUGUAUGAUGUAUGCGUAUGAACCUGCCUGUCUAAAUAUCCAAUAGAUUACAUUUAUGAUG